AUGAACCACACGAGCAUCUCACAGCCCUCUAGUCUCUUGAGGAAGAGUACGGGGAAGCGACUCCUGAUGGCGUCAGCUACGAGGACCUCUCUUUUGGGACCCCGAAAUUUGAUGGAUUCGUUAUCGAGCUCAGCGAAAAGGAGAUCAUUACUUCUGACACCAGCAUCAACUGGCAGAAGGAGACAAAGUUUAGUUCCACCUUCUUCGCAACAUCUGCUGCAGCAAUUACACCAGAGUUUAUCGCAACAAACGCAGAGCAAUAACAAUCCUUCCGCAACUCCCAUUCAGCAACCAACCCCGUCAUUGACAGAUCAGAGGCCCUUAAGAGACAAAAACUAUCAGUCCUUGAUUCAACAAGAAAUAUAUGAUUUUCUCGUGGCUAAUAAAUUCGAAUUAGAAAUGAAUCACUCUUUAACGAGUAAGACCUUAAAGCAACCUACCCAGAAGGACUUUAUUUUAAUAUUUAGGUUCUUGUAUAAUAAGAUUGAUCCAUAUUAUGAAUUUACCAAGUCAACUGAAGUCGAAGUUUUUUCUUUACUAAGGACUUUAAACUAUCCUUAUCUUGAUGGCAUCAACAGAUCUCAAAUAAGUGCUGUAGGAGGUCAAAAUUGGCCAUCAUUUUUGGGUAUGUUAUAUUGGUUAAUUAAAUUGAAUUUGUCAUUGUUAGAUAUAAACAUUGACGAUGAAUCACUCAUAAGUCCUGAAGAUGAUUUUGAUAGAAUCUUUAUACAAUAUAUCAGGGAUUCCUAUAACGCAUUCAUAAAUGAAAGAGAUGAUUACACUGAAUUUUAUAAUGAGAUGAAGUUGAAAUUUGACGAACUAAAUAAUCAACUAAAUGAUGAAAUGCACAACCUUCAAGAAGAAAACAAAAACUUAAUUGAUGAAUUAAGUGAAUUACAAAGGCAGCUAGAUACUUUGGAGCAAAGCGAAAGAAAGUCAAGAGCCUUGGAGAAUGAUCUAAUAAAAUUCAAAGCGUAUAUCGAAACAAUGGAGUCAAGGAAGCAGAAAUGGUCAGAAAUUUUGGAUAAAAUUCAGCAAGAGAUCGAGAAGUGUGAUGAGGAAUUACAAAAGUAUACUAAUGAAAAGAAAGACAUCGAAUUCAAAUUGAAUGAGCAAGGAGUCACUGUAAGUCUGAUUAAUGAAUUAAACAUCGAACGAGAUAAAUUGUCAAAAACAAUUGAUCUGAUAAAUAAUAAUUUAGAUGAAAUCAAAUCUAGGUUAAGUUCAAAGGAAAUUGAAUUGAAUAAGAAUUAUCAGAGCUUAGAAAAUUUUAUAAAGCAGUAUAAUAACUUAAUAUUUAAAAUGAAAUCAAAAGAUUACAAUUUUGAGUUGGAAAUUAAUAAAGAGAUCAUGAUGAACUUUGACGAAGGUUUCAAACCGAGUGCCAUAUUGAAUAAGAUUCUCAAAGAUGAAAAAAUCGAAUUAUUGAGAUUCAGAAAUCUGGUCAAUACGAGGACUCAUAAGUACGAGGACGACCACAUCAAGUAUCAGGAGCAAAGUGAUUUAAUAAAUGAAAAGAUUCUUGAGCAAAGAGAAAAAUUGGAUUCUUUGGAAUCAAAGUUAACUGCCAACAAACUAAAUUACGAUGAGAUUUAUGAAACGAUGAUUAACGAUUCAACCACGUAUUCCACUCAAAUUGAGCGAUUAGAAAGAGAGUUAAGAUCAAUUAAGAUAAAUACAAAUCAAGGUUUCAUUGAGUUGGAGAACAGAUAUCAGAACGUUAUAAUAGAGCACGAUGAAGUAGAUCAUGAUUUGACAAAAGAAAGGAAUAAAAUAAUAGACCGUGUUUACAAGAUCGCGGACUUUAUCAUGAAUUUCAAAUUGAAUAUUCAAACAAAUCUUCUUGAUCUUGAUGACUUAACGAUAGUUGAAUACGAAAACCAACAAAAGGAGUAUUAG